AUGCGCGAGCGUCUUGAGGUUGAUUACGUGUCAUGGCUGGGUGACCUUGCCUAUGGCUUGGGCAUCCUUGCCUUUGUGAUGCUGAUCGUCGGCGCAGCGACGCCAGCGUGGGUGAGCACGGAGGCCGACACGGCGAUGACGCUGCCCAAUGGCAAGUCCCGCGCAGACUACGUGUUCUCCCGCGGGCUCUUCAACGCUCUGGAGUUUGACGGAUACGCGCAAUACACCAUCAUCCCCUUCUACGUGGACGACGCCAACGGCACACUCGCUGACCCCUUCUGUGGCUCAAACGACACCGUGUCCUCCCUCCCCCUCCUUCGCCAGAUGAGCGAGGAGGUGCCUGGGUUCUAUCGCGGACGCCGCUACAACAGCCACGGGUGGUGCGAGAAGCGCAAGGCCGCAUCCGUGUUUGCGGUGUUCACGUGCCUGUUCGCCUUCUCCUCCGUCAUUGCCACCUCCUGCGCGCAGAAGGGCCUGUGCAACCAGACGCCCUUCAUCAUCAGCAUCAUCUUUGUGUUCUUCAUGGGCCUCAUCACCCUCAGCAUCAUGGGCGGCUUCAUCGACCAGGAGAACAGAAAGGCCGACCGCAGGCCCAUCGACGAGCGCUUCUUCCCCUUUGAGCAGCAGACUGUCGGCGGAUACAGCCUCAUCGUGUUUGCCUUUGGCGUCAUCCUCUACGUGUGCGCGUUCUUCCUUGCCAUCUUUGAGAAGUGCUGCCACGAGGGCAAGGUCGAGGGUGGCAUGCCCACGCUCAAGCUUGAGGCCAGCAAGGCGUGA